UAUGAAGAGCUCCAUUUGGUUUUUGGCUGUGACAGUUUUGUUUUGUUUAUGUUUGAGGGGUAAAGGUCAAUUGAGAGCUGAUUACUAUGCGAGCAGUUGCCCUAAUUUGUCUAAAGUGGUGUGGAGAGAAGUCUUUAAAGCUAUUCAGAAUGAAAUGAGGAUGGGAGCUUCCCUUCUUCGGUUGCACUUUCAUGACUGCUUCGUGAAUGGCUGCGAUGGAUCAAUCCUCUUAGACGGCAGUGACAGCGAAAAAUUCGCUCCUCCUAACCUAAAUUCUGCAAGAGGAUUUGAAGUCAUAGACACCAUUAAAGCUGCAGUUGAGAAUGAAUGCAAUGGAAUAGUCUCCUGUGCUGAUAUAGUUGCCAUAUCUGCGAGAGACUCAGUUCUUCUGAGUGGAGGACGUCCAUGGACAGUUCUUCUUGGAAGAAGGGAUGGCUUGGUAUCAAACCAGACUGGUGCAGCCAAUGGGCUCCCUAGUCCUUUUGAUAGUCUUGGCGUAAUCAUAUCUAAAUUUGCUGCUGUUGGCCUCAGCACCACCGAUGUGGUCACUUUAUCAGGUGCACACACAAUUGGCCGAGCUCGAUGUGCACUUUUCAACAAUCGUCUGUUCAACUUCUCUGGCACUGGCGCUGCCGACCCUACCCUUGACUCCUCCCUCGCCUCUCAGCUCCAAAGCUUAUGCCCUCUGAAUGGUGAUGGUAAUGUGACAACGCCACUUGAUCAGAGCUCCAUCGAUUUCUUCGACAACCACUACUUCAACAACCUCAUCAACAACAAGGGAGUACUAUCUUCUGACCAAAUCCUCUUCUCUGGCGACGCUGCGACGACAACUUCAACAAUAACUCUUGUUCAAAGCUAUGGAAGCAACAGCGGCCUCUUCUUCUCUCAGUUUGGAAGCUCCAUGGUUAAGAUGGGGAAUAUAAGUCCACUCACUGGGAAUGUUGGAGAAGUGAGGAAAAAUUGUAGGGUGGUUAACUCAAGUUAAUAUUAAUUAUUAAUUCAUAAAGCAAAUGGUUUGUAGUUUUUGUUUGUGUAACAUUAGUUAUGA